AUCAAGGCUAUGCCGAUUCCGAUGGAGAAGAAGAGGGAACGCAAGAACAAGCUCCUUACCUCUUCGGCCUUCCGAGUACAGGGCAUGCAGCGGUUUCAUUUGCAUCGGCAGAAGUUCUGGUCACACUUUAAGGACGCUAUGGUGGACAUCUUCGCGUUCGAGCUGUGGCACGACUCUCUCCGCCUCAUCGAGGGCAACUUCGGCACGGGCGUGCUGUCCUAUUUCCGCUACAUCAAGAAGGUGAUGUACAUGAACAUUGCGGUGUUCGCUGCCAUGCUGUCGUUUGUGGUGCUGCCAAACCUGCUGCUGAAGCGGACGGAGCCCCUGCACUGCGACCUCACCGACAACAGUACGGUCACUGCCUGCUGCAACCAGAACUACACCGAGUACGUGCACAACAACAGCUGGGGCGGCGUCACCAAGGGCUUCAUGGACUUCCUGCAGGGCACCGGCUACAUGGAGCUAACGCCGCUCUUCUACGGCUACUACGAGAACGUGGUGCUGAUUGGCGCCACAUCAGGGCUGUACUACAACCUACCGCUGGCGUACGUGCUCGUGUCCAUCAGCUGUCUGCUGCUCUGUCUGGCGUUCGUGGUCAUCCACACGGCGCACGGCUUCCAGGACGCCAUCCUGUCGCGGGGCAAGUUCUAUCAGUACUGUAACGUGAUCUUCAGCGCCUGGGACUUCUGCAUCGACAACGUGAGCGCCCGCGAGUACAAGCAGAUGGCGGUGUACAACGAGCUGAAGGGCUACCUGGAGACGGACCAGUACGAGGCGGAGCGGCGCAACCGCAGCCAGAUGGACGUCAUUCAGCUGUACGUGGUCCGCACCGUCACCAACAUCAUCGUCACCGUCAUCCUCAUCAUCUGCGGCGUCAUCAUCUUCUACGUGGUGCAGUACUCGCUGUUGCACGUCGAGAUGGAGGCCAGCGGCGAGAACCGGUCGACGCUGCUGACCAUUUACCAGUACUUACCAGCCAUGACCGUGUCCGUGAUGAACAUCGUGGUCACGCUCUUCAUGUACCACAUCGUGACGCUGGAGCGCUACACGGCGCAGGUGAACGUCAUCCUGACGCUGGUGCGCACCGUGUUCUUGCGCGUCGCCUCCAUCGCCGUGCUCAUGUACUCGUUUUUCGUUAAGUACAAGGCCCAGUGCGAAGGCCAACUGACAGGCUUCGAGUGUUUCCUGCCGGGCUGCCGCGCCAACGCCUGCUGGGAGACCAUCAUCGGCCAGACCUGCUACAAGCUGAUGCUGACCGACUUCGCCUGCAUCGCCGGUUUAAACCUGUUCGUCUACUUCCCGCUGAAGGUGGUGAUCGACCACUUCCAGGUGCCGUGGAUGCGCAAAAUCUUCCUGCAGGAGUUCGAGAUUCCGCGCCACGUGCUGGACGUCGUCUACAACCAGGCGCUGUGCUGGCUGGGUGUCUUCUACUCGCCGCUGCUUCCCGGCAUCGCCGCGCUCAUCUGUUUCCUCUACUUCUACCUCAAGCGUUUCACCUGUACGCGCAUCUGCGAGCCACCGAAGCUGUCGCUGCACACCAUCCGCUCGUCGGCCUUCUACAUGCUUGUGUCGCUGUUCUCCUUCUUCGCGGCGCUGACCAUCAUCAUCUUCUCGAUGGCCGAGGUCCAGCCGUCGCGCUCAUGCGGCCCAUUCCGAGGCCUCCAUACGAUGUGGAUGGAGAUCCAGGACACAGUGAACGCGCUGCCCGGCUGGUUGCGCACCUUCAUUCACUUCUUCGGCUCGGCUGGGUUCGCCGUGCCGCUGGUGGUGGCUCUGCUGCUGGCCAUGUACUACUACUCGGCCAUCGCCGCGGCCAACAAGCACAUGAUCGAGGUGCUAAAGGAGCAGCUGGUGUUGGAGGGCCAUGACAAGCAGUUCCUGCUGAGCAAGCUGAACGAGCUGACGUCGCUGACUCGGCACCGGCUUACCGAGAGGCGGCGCAACGUCAUUGGCGAGCGUCUGAUGGAGGGUGUCCAUUUCGCCGAGAUGGGUGCCCGGUCAUCUGGCGCCGGCAGCGAGACGGUGGUGACACACCAGGAGUUGUAG